UCACUGCUCUCUGAGAGGCGCAUUCAGCUUGUUACGCACAGAGAAGGCUCUUUACUAACCUGCCAAAAAGAAAAGGCAAGACAAAAAAAAAAACUUUGAAGUUUUUUCUCAAGCACCCAAAAGGAGGCAGGACAACUCACAAUCUGAGCAAGCAUUUGGAUUUAACUUAAAAGAGCGACUUUGGAGAAACAUCACAGGUGUUUCAUUCAGGCAAAGGCUGAAAACAGACCGCUUCUUGCCUACUCAAACAACCCUCUCCACCUCACCCCUUCUCUCGUCUGUGCGGCACCUGGUGCUCCUCAAGCUGCCAAGAAAGCGGGCAUAGCGCCAUGGUAACUCACAGCAAGUUUGACUCCGCGAUGAGUAGCAGCCCCUUGGACUCCAAAAUGCGGCUGUCUUACCAUUACAAAACUUUCACCUCGAAAACUCAGUAUCAGAUGGUCCUGUCCACUUUUCAAAAGCUCCAGGAGAGUGGCUUCUACUGGAGCACCAUCACCGGCAAGGAGGCCAAUGCCAUGCUGGCGUCCGAGAAAGUGGGCACGUUUCUGAUCCGUGACAGCGCUGACCACCGACACCUUUUCACCCUCAGUGUCAAAACGGCCUCAGGCACCAAGAACCUUCGCAUCCAAUAUGAUUCAAACUCUUUUUACCUGCAAACUGACCCUAAGAACGUUCAGUCUGUUCCCCACUUUGACUGCGUUCUCAAGCUGGUUCAUUUCUACAUGGCUCAGAAUAAAGGGAACAUUCAAAGUGGGAAUAUCUACUACAUUUACUGCAGUGGGCAGAAGAUCCCUCUGGAGCUCAUCCGACCUCUCUCCUGCUGCAUGUCCACUUUGCAGCACCUGUGCAGGAAAACCGUCAAUGGACAUUUGAACAUUUCUUCCAAAAGAGACCAACUUCCUCAUAAUUUGAAGGACUUCCUCCAGGAGUAUGACGCUCCUAUCUAGUGGCAUUUGACUGAUCCCUGUGUUAAGAGUGUAAUGGAAAAAACCUGGUUGGUUUCAGAGCACCUAUACACAGUCGGGAGCUGCAUUUGAGGAGUAAUGAAGCAGUAGAGUCGACAGAAUCGAGCCCAGGACUGAGCUUGUGAAGGGGGACCACAUGUGUACUGACAAGAUGUGUGUUGUUCUCAAAAAAGACAUUUAAAAAGACACUGGAUUGAGGACCAAUCCACAAAGAGGGCCAAGAGAACGAGAGCACUGCUGUGAUCUGGUGGCACGAAAGAGAGAUAACACCGCUAUCUUCGUCUGCCUCACCGAUGACGUGAAACUUAGUAAAAACCGAAGUGAGGUUCACAGCCAGCUGUCUACAGUGCAGUGACACAUAGGUUCCCUCUGCCACCGCUGCUGCUGCUAACCAGUGUACUGUGAGGCUGUUUAGCUCACACAUCAGCCUUAGAAAAUGAUCCACCAAUUACAGCUGGACUGGCUUUGUUACUGGAUGAGAAUCUUGGAUGUGUUAGCAUCCUGGGAUUUCUGGUCUAGUGUUCGCUGGAAAUCCACAGACGAUAAAUGGAAAAAGCCAGAGUACAAAUAAAUGGACACUGAUUGGUUUUCUGGGUUUAUUUGUGCAACAGCUUGUGUGGGAUGUAUAAAGAAUGGAAAAUGUGGACAUUUAUAUUUUUGAUUUAGAGAACAUGUUUACGCCAAAUUUUGCCAGAACAAGACCACAGUUUGUUGGAAGGUCAACAAGACUGAAUCCUCAGAGAUUUUACUUGAGAAAGGAGCACCACUGCCAAGUUAAGCAAAUACAAAGACACCCUUUUAUUGGCUGAACGGUGUCUUAGUAUUUGUGGCACAGGCAGGAUCAUUACUGCAUUCAAAUGAAUGUCAACAUCAUUUUCCUUAAAACCAUGAGCUAAAAUGAAAUGGUUGAUCUUUUUUGUGUGUGUGCGCUUGUAUGCGCCGUCUUUCAUAAAGAUGUAUUUUUGCCAGCCCAACCACUUGCUGGGGAUGCUUGAAGAUAAUUGAGAAGUUUGACGAAGCAAGCAGACUGAUACAACUUUGCACUUAUUUAUAUGUGUACAAACGUUUCACUAAUUUAUAAUAAAGAGUGAUAUUUUUUCUAAAAA